AUGACAAACACCGAAUGGUUUAAUUUUUCUUACUUAAAAAACUGCAAAACGCCAACAUGUUUUUCAUCAAAUAAAACUCCACUUUUGGCCCCAACUCCUGGUCAACAAUAUGUUUACGAUUUUGAAUCAAUAGCGAUAGCCCAACUCAUAAAUAAAGAUUCGGUUGAAACUUCAGUCGCUAUCAAGGGUCAAGCAUUUGUGACUGCCAACAACAAUUGUGGAUAUAUAUUGGUGUUGAAAGGAUUAAAUGCUUUUGGUGCUGACAACAGUAAAAUUUCUAUUCAGAAAGAUUUCCAAUAUCCAGUGCAGUUUACUCUUUCGGGUGAUGAAUUAGCACCUGAGAUAUGUGCUGAAGAGAAUGAUGGAACUUUCAGUUUAAAUGUGAAGCGUGGAGUCAUUUCAGCAUUUCAAGUUGGACAAGGAAAAGUCUCAUUUGAUAUUUUUGGUAAAUGUCCAAUAUCGACAUCGACUUCGAAGUCAGGUGGAGUCACAACUGUCACAAGCUUAAGAGAUCUCAAUGAAUGCGCUUACAGGGAAAAGCUUUCAAAUGGGUUAAUUCAAGGCAUAACUCUUGAUUCUUCUGAAAUAAAAUCAUCACCGAUCAUUAAUGGAAAAGUAGAGUCUGAUGCUAAAUUUCAGAACGGAGUUUUGGAAAGCAUUGAACUUAAAGAAUCGUACAAUUUUAUGCCAUUUAGUACGCAAAAACACGGAGCUAAAGCCAAGGUCAUCACCAAGAUGAAUUUGAAGAAAAAAGUUGCAGGUCAAGGUCCGGCAAUUAAAAGUCCAGCCUUGAGAACGCUUCUUUUUGAAGCAACUAAUUCAAACAUGGCAAAUCCGAAAGUGUCGAUCAAGGACUCCAUAAAAGCUGCUUUUGAGAAAACACUGGCAGAGUUUACUGGACAAGAAGGCGUCAUAAGUUCAAAAUCAGCAGCAACGUUUGCUGAUAUCAUUCGACUCAUGAGAUUGGGUAAGAAGGCUGAUUUACUCACAGCUUAUCAGGAAAUGAAAAGUGGAAAACUUAGCAAGCUUCAGAGCUCAUCUCAUAUGAAAGAGAUAAGCCGAAACGUCUUUCUCGAUGCACUUUUCAGAACAGGAACGGGUGAUUCAGUCGCUGCUCUUGCUGAUUUAGCAAAGAAAGAACUCAGCGAAAAGGAAUUAAAACUCAUGUAUUUGAGCUUCAAUCUUGUUCAACACGUAACAACAGAUAGUCGCAAAGACGCAAUUAAUGGAUUAGCUAAACUUUUUAAUGAGAACCUUCCCAAAGAGGCAUAUUUAAGUGUCGGCAAUGUCAUCAACAAAUUCUGUCGAGAACGUGGUUGCGAGGAUCGAGAUGUUAAAAUAAUUGCAGACAAAUUUAUUGCGAAAAUUCCAAAGGAUUGUAAGGCAAGCAACAAGAAAGAAGAAGAACAUCUUGUGGCUGUAUUGAAGGGCAUAAGAAAUAGUCAAAUGAUUCUUAAUACUGCUCUUGAUCGUAUCGUUCAGUGUGCUAGCAAUAGAAAUCCUAAUCGUGUUCGAGUUGCAGCAUUGCAAGCUUUUCCAGCAAAUCCAUGUAAUAAAAAGUUACAAAAAGCAGCCACUACUGUCAUGAAAAACCUUGACGAAGACUCUGAGGUGAGAAUUGAGGCUUAUUUAGCUGCAAUGGAAUGUCCAUCUGGAUCAUUAGCAAACGAUGUUCAAGCUCUUUUGGAUGCAGGUGGAGAUUCUGAACCAGUUAUUCAAGUUGGAUCGUUUAUCAAUACUCACUUGGACUCCAUAAAAGCGUCUACUGAUCCCAAACGUGAAGCCACACGUGCUCAUUUUAAAAAUUUGAGAACUAGUAAAAAAUAUCCAUUUGAUCCCCGACGUUACUCCUUCAAUCGUGAAAUUUCCUAUGCAAUUGAUAGCCUUGGAUUAGGAUCUGCAGUAGAUGCAUCAGUUAUUUAUAGUCAACAGAGUUUCUUACCACGAUCUGGACGUUUGAAUGUUACGGGAAAUUUAUUUGGAUCGGCUUUCAACAUGUUGGAAAUAUCUGCUCGCCAAGAAAAUGUGGAAGAAUUAUUGGAACAUUACUUCGGUCCACGUGGUGUUGUAAAUACAAUGAGUAAACAAGACUUGUAUGAUGCCAUCACGAAGGAAGUUUCAACAUUGAAUCGUCAAAAGAGAGCUUUACCAGCUGAUUUAGCUGCUUUUGAUAAGAACGUUAAAAAUCCAGUUGAAUAUGAUCGCGAUCCUGACAUCGAUUUGUCUGUCAAAGUUUUCGGUUCCGAACUUUAUUUCCUGUCAAUAAGCAAAAAUAUUCCAUCAACUCCAAAUGACGUUUUCAAACUUUUUGCAUCAGAAAUAAGCAAAGGUGUUGACGCUCUUAAGAACUUCCAAUACAACUUUGAAAAUCAUGCCCUUUGGUUAGAUGCGGAGAUUACUUAUCCAACAGCUUUUGGUUUACCUUUCAGACUUACCAGCACCGGUUCUUCAGCAGUGAAAGUUGAUGUUUCUGGUUCCUUUGAUGUUAAAGAAUUGAUUGAAAAUCCACUCAACUCUAAAGUUCAACUUCAAUUGAAUCCAGCAGCUAAUAUUUUCGUUUCUGGUCAAUUAGGUUUUGGCUCAUACGCUUAUGAAACUGCUUUAGAAGUUUCUGGUACAGUGUACACAAAUACUGGAGCUAACACCACUGUAGAAAUGAAAGGUGGCAAAAAUCUUGUAAUUUCUACAAUCCCAACUGUAAAGGAACAAUAUGUUAUCGACUUGACACAUCAAAUUUCAACAGUUUCACAAGAAAGUGGCCGAGAAGUAAUUAAAGUUCCAGUAAAAUUCAAGAGCGCUCAAGAUCGCAUCACUGAACUUUGUUUCGAUCAAGUAGAAUUCUUGACAGGCUUUACUUUCUGUACUUCCAUUAACUACACACCAAUGAAUGUAACUCAAAAUGCACCAUGGCCUUUGUAUGGAAACAAUCACAUUAGUGUAAAAUUAGAAAUGGUUGAUGCACUCAAGUUCAGUGCUGAGUUCGAUGAUAAAGAUCCCUCAAAACCUGGCAUCAACUUUUAUUAUGACACACCUAAGGGUGGCAUUCAAAGGCAAACAUUCUUCAAAUUGUUCUCAAGCUUAAAAUCUGAACAUUUUAUGGGUGGGGUUGAUCUUUUCGUUCCAGUAAGAGAUGAUUUCAUAUUUAAGUUCGAUUCUGCAUUAGGCGUGUUGAAUGAAGAAAAUGAGAAAAAAGUUUAUUUGAAUGGAAAUUAUUUGGAUGAAAAUUUCAAAUAUGAACUUGGAUUUAAAAGAAAAGAAAAUGUGAUUGAGCCGAUUUUAAAUAUUAAUACUGAUAUUAGCUAUUUGGAAGGAAGAAUUCUUGAAGAAAAGACAGCGAAUGGUGUUAAAUACACAUUAAGACAAGUGAAAUUUGGUCGCGAUUCUACGACGACAACAGUCGAUGGUUCAGUUGAAAUGAAUGGACCAAACAUACUGACAAAUCUGAGAUUCCAACGUGGUGGAAAUACCGUCAACUUAUCGGGCACACUCAGUUAUCAACCAGGUCAAUUCAACAGUGAUCUUCAAUUGACCAGUCCACAAUAUGAAAAAGCAAAUGGAAAAUUCACAUAUGGCGUAACAUUUACUGAUAAAAAUGUCGCAAACGAUUUGGUAAUCGUGUGGGACAAAAAUCUUAAAUCCGAAACAAACAGAUUUGAGUGGAACCAAUUUGCCGACUGGAGUAACAAAGAACUUUUCAAAAUGAAGAACGGAAUUAAAAUUGGAAAAUUUAAUACUGAAGGUCGUCUGAACGGUGAUUUUGGCAAAAAAAUCAUUAACGUUGAUGCUGGUCUUGAGUACAGCAAUCAGAAGGCUGAGUUCAUAUUGAAUAAUAAAUAUUCACAAAAAAUGCCGCAUGAUUAUGAUACUUCAGUUUAUGCUGCUGCUAAUCAAAAGUCAAUCAAACUCGAUAUGAAACGUGAUAUCGAAGGUGAAGCUUCCAUGGUUGAGAACAAAUUGGAGUUAUCCACCGGAUUGAAAGUUGAAUUAAAUGGAAAGAUUGGACAUCGAUUCGAAGUAACGAACGCAGAUGUAUCGAUACAAGGAAGUUUCACUCCUGGACAAAAGAAAGAAGCUACAAAAAUUACAAUUUUAAUUAAAAACACUGAUAAAGAACAUUCAGCAAGCUCUAAAGUCAAAGUAGCUAAGAAAGAAUUCGCUAGUUUUGAAUCGAAACUUACUUACGGUAACAAUAUGGUUGGAUCAAUGAAAGCAUCUGUUACUGAUGUUAUUGAAGCUGAUGGAACAUUUCAAUCAACAGCUGGAAAAGGUAAUGCCGUCAUCAAUGCAUCUGUAAAAGAUAAAAGAGUUAAAGCCGCUUCAAAGUUUACGAUACAAAAGCCAACUUAUAACUUUGAAACUGAUAUCUACUACGACGAUGCUAAGAAAGUUUAUUUCUCAACAAAGAACAAUGUUGACACAAAAUCUUUUGACUCCAAAAAUGAAGUUGAAGUUUUCAGUGAACGUUACAGCUUUGAUGUUGCAGCUUCAAAUGAUGGAACAUUUGUUAAUGGAAGACAGACGGGAUCAGUGAAUGUUGGACUUCCAACUGGAAGAAAAUUGUCAGUAGAAGGAGAACGUGAAGUAAGCAUGAAAAAUAAUAAAGGAAAUGGAAAUUUCCAUGUGACAGCAACUGAUGAGUUGCCAAACAAGCAACAACGACAAGCUAUACUCGAUAUGAAAAUGAGUGAUUUCAGCCCAGCAGCUGGUUUCUUUGAUUUCACUGGCUCUUUGAAAUAUCGGGGUUAUAACAACAAAGAUGCCAAAUUUCAGCUUGGUGUAAAAAAUUUAAAGAAAGGGCAUUUCUCUACUGCCAGUGGUUUGCUUCAAGUUGAUGGCACACUUGUUCCUGAAGUUGUAACGUUCAAUAUUAAAAUCGAGGAAUAUUGUCCAAAUCAUGCCAUUUAUAGCUUUAAUGGAAAAUACGGUCAACUCGGAGAUAUUGAUGUCAAUGGCAAGUAUUAUGUCGCUACAAAAGAACGUCCACAUUCCCAUGAUUUCAAUGGUGCAUUAAACAUUCCCAAAACGAAACUUCAAAGGGUAACAUUAUCUUCGAAUGGACAACUCACUGAACCUGCAACUCCUGAUGGCACGUACAUUGUUAAAUAUUUUGGUUCCGUCGAUGCAGGUGGAGACAAAUUCCAAUUUGACACUGACAUGAAAAUGUCACCGACAAAAGGUUCUGGUACAGCAAAAAUUCAACUUCCUAAUAUAAAUUCAAUAUCUGGUGAAGUUUCCUUUGGUUGCAAUCAUGUAGAUAAAGGAGAAGGUUCGUUAACAGUAAAAUAUGGAGACAACAAAGAAUUCAAAACAACUUUCAAUGCACAAAUGGAGAAAGCUGACAGUCUUAAAAUUGAUAUCGGAAUGAGUGGAGAUUUAGAAAGUUUCAAGGAGAUUUCAUUCCACAUGAAUGCUUUGAAACCAAGUAUAAAUGAAAUUGUGGCAAAUGUUAAUCUGAAAGCUGACAGUAAUGCUUACAAUCUCGAUUAUGAACAUCGAGUGUCUGAAAAGAAUCCUAAAUUUAAAGUCGUUUGGACUUGUCCUCGAGGAACCUCAAAAAUUGUAGCUGAUGCAAAUAUCGAAUCACAGUUGAAAGGAAAAGGAAACCUCGUCAUCGAAAAUGUCGAGUCCUUUGACUUGACUUCUAAUGUUGAUGCAGAUAUGUCAUCACUUGAGAAAUUCUAUCUUAAUGGAGAAAUUGAUAGCCCGGCACUUGGCUUGAAACACUUCAAAUUUGACAUAAAAUCGAAGAAUGACGAUCCUCAUCGAUCAGGAUUUGAGUUUCACGUAAGCAAAGACGGAUCUCAUCUUGCUUCGGGAUCGAGUGACUUUACGACGAAGGUUGAAAAAGGAAGAACAGUCAUUGAAGGGAAAUCAACGAUUAAACUUACAGACGGAAAAUCUGAUGAAGUUUCCUUCAAAUUAAUAAGAACAAUAUUUGAUGGAAAUCGAGAUAAGGAAACCGGUUUUGGUGGAAUAUUAAAUGUGUUCAUCGGAAAAAGAACGCACGCAGGAGAAUUUAAAUUAACUGAUAAAGAGUUCCAUGUGAAGUAUACCGGUUGUGAACCACAAAACCGCUGUACAAAUCUUGAAACUAAAUCUAAAAUUGACACUGCUUCAAUCGAUGGAUUCAAACACAAUCUUUUCAUAACAGUUGAUUUACGUGAGGUUGGCUUCUCUCAUGAGUUUGGAUUGAAAGCUGACACAAGUCGAGACGGUUGGAAAUUCUUACAUUCAGUUGAUGCACAUUUACAAACUAAAGACAAUAAGGAGCCUGAAUAUCAAUAUUCUGUAACAAUCACUCCAAAUAAGGCUGAAGCAUUAUUUUCAAUGCCAACGCGUCAAGUAGCUUUGGACUCUUCCUACAAAUAUCCAGGACGGUCACCCUUUGGUGCUUACGAUGCUGUAGUUGCUUUCUAUUUGGAUAAAAAAAAUAAACCAAAGCAGAAAACCGAAAUAGGAUUCCAUGGGAAAUUAGAUCAGACUGCUAACAAUCAGAUUACUGCAAAUGGAAAUAUUUAUUUUGAACAUCCGCGUGUUAAGAAACUUCGUGUCAAUGGCGAAUUUGGAGCGAAUGCUGAUAAGAUGGACGUCAUAUCAAAAUUGGAACUUGACAUUUUUAAGAAUCCUAAUGACAAAAUUAUUGUUGCCGUAAGCUUUGGUAAUACCGAUGCUUCAGGAAAGGGAUUCAAUAUCACCAGCAACGUUAAAAUUGUUUCGAAGGGACUUGGUCUCAAUCUCCAAUACAAUGAACAUUUUGGACUUUCAUUUGAACAACGAUUAUUCACCAUGGGCAAUGAAUUAACCAUGCCAAUUGAUGGUUUCCGAUUUGGUAUGAAUGCUUUCGUCAAUGAACAAAGCGCAGAACUAAUAGUGAUAACAUUUGGAGAAGAAAUAUUGAAAUCUUCUGCUAAUUAUGAUCUGAAGAAACAAGAUUUUAAGACUGCCACUUCAUUGAAAUUCUUGGGCUCAGAGAAAAUAACACAAACCGCUUCGAUCAAUGGGCUGACACAAGGAACAUUUACAAUAAGCAAGAGACCAGUUUUUAAUGUCAACAGUGGGUAUACGAUUGGUAAAGAUAUUUAUCUCGUUGUCAAAGGUUCGAAUAAAGAAAUUUUCGAUGGAAAAAUUUCUUUAGACAAAGGACAUUUCUUGAAUUCAAAUUAUCAUAUUAAUGAUGUUGAAAUGAAAGAAUUCACCAGUAAUUUACAAAAAGACCUAAUGAAUGAUCUUAAGAAUGGUGAAACUUACAUGAAAGAUAAGUUAGGAAAACUUCAAAGCUUCUAUGAACAAAAACUUAACACUAUCACGAAAGCUUCUCCAAAUUUCGAUCGCUUGGAAAAUGAAUACAGAGAAGAACUCAACAAACUUUUGAACGAAUUGCAAGCAGAUCCCUCAAUGAAAAAAUUCAUUGAUCAAUUAUCAGCAAUUAUAAGCGAAUUGGCGAAAACUUACAACACAAUAUUGGAAGCAGUUGAAAAGCAAAUGUCAAUAGUUGAGAAUGCAAUUCGUGAAUAUUCAAUCGUUGCUAUUGAAGCAUUCAAUGAACAAAUUUUGCCUCAAUUACAAAAAUUAUUUGAUGCUGUACAAAAACUUGUAUCUGAACUUUACGAGCAAACAUUGAAACUUUUAUCUGCUGUCUUUGAACGCAUAGCCAAAGCUUUAAAAUCAUUUGAAGGCGAUUUUAAUAAAAUCUCGAAAGUUUUGAAGGAUACAACUGCUGGAAUUUACGAAGGAAUGGAGCAGUACAGCAAGGAAAUCUGCCAGGAAUUAAAAGAUCUUUUUGAACUUCUCAAACAACAAUUCUUAUCACUUCCAGGAGUUGAAUAUAUCAAAGAAACUUAUGCUGAACUUGUUGGUGAAUUUGCUCCAUUGGAGACAUUAAAACUUGUUCUUGCUGAACUUCUCAGCUCACUUGCACACGCUGUUCCAGACGAGGCGAAACCAUUCUUCGAAAAGUUCUCAGAUUAUGUUCAAAAGAAAAUGAAUGGUGAAGACAUUGACGACAUGACAGUCUUGAAAGAAAUCUACAAAGUGUUCAUUGAUGCAUUGUUAGGAUUUAAGAAGCAAUUUAUUGAUGGAUUCUCAACAUCAUCUUUGACAACAACAAUAAACUUUGACAUGUUCAAACGUUUACCUCCAUUUGUAACAAAUGUUCGCUUCAGUGCUUUGAAUCAACUUCUUAGCGAGCCAAUUUUCAAUCUUCAUGACCUCGUCUAUUUGUAUCGUCCAUAUGCUUUUAAUCCUAUAGAAUUUAUUCCUCCAUUCACAUUGCAUGCCGAAAUUUCCGAUGGUUCUCACAUUUUCACUUUUGAUGGACGUCACUUGACUUUCCCUGGCACUUGCAGUUACAUUCUUUCGAGAGAUUUCGUUGAUGGAAACUUCAGUAUUGUUGCUAAUAUGGAUAAUGGAAAGUUACAAUCAAUUUCACUAACCGAUAAGAGCGGAUUCAUGGAUGUCAACAAAGAUAGCGUUCUUCAAUCGAGCGGCAAAAAUGUAGAAUUUCCUUAUCAUCAGAAGACACUACAUGCAUGGAGAGAUUACUACACAGUAUCUCUUCUCACUAAAUACGGUGCUCAGGUUCAAUGUACAGAAGACUUAACCACUUGCCAUGUAAGUGUUUCAGGUUUUUAUUCGGGUAAAACUCGUGGUCUUUUAGGAAAUGGAAACAAUGAACCUUAUGACGAUUACUUACUUCCAAACGGAAAGAUAACAAAGAGCACAAGUGAGCUUGGAAAUGCUUACAGAACACGAACAGAUUGUGCUGCUGUUACAACAUCAGGCGACGAUCAUUCCAAAUCACAUUCAAAUGAUUUCUGUUCACAAUACUUUGGGCGCGACUCAUCGUUACGUAUGUGUUUCCUCUUUGUUAAGCCGGCAAACUAUCGUGAAGCUUGUGAACAUGCAACUCACGGAGCUGAAGAUAAACAAAAAGCUGCAUGUAACAUUGUAACAACGUAUGCAAGCAGAUGUCGUCAAGAACAUAUUCCUAUAUCAAUUCCUAAAGCUUGUAGUAGAUGUUCAGUCGGAAAAAAUUCGCUUGAUGUUGGAGAUGAAGUUGCUGUCAAGUCGCCACAAAACAAAGCUGAUAUUGUUAUUGUCUUUGAUACUAAUCUUAAUAAGCAAUUAGUUGUUGUUGAAGAAGUGGUCAAUGAAUUGCGCAAAGAGAUGAGAAAUGUAGGAGUAACUGAUGUUCAAUUUGCUGCGAUUGGUUAUAAUGCUAAUGAUAUAUAUGUCCAUCAAUACACAACAAACGGUAAAUUAAAUUACAAAGGAAACUUCGUGAAUAAAAAAUCAACUGGUCCAACAAAGGAAGAACCAUUGAAGACUGGCCAAAAUGAACUUGAUGCAGCAUUGGUUGAGCUUGAAAAAGUUGCAGAGCAAGCCUCUCAAGAUCUCUCUGUUUCACCCGAUGCUAGAGCAUUCCAAAGAGCAAUGAAAUUCCCAUUCAGACCUACAGCUUCAAAGACAAUCAUAGCAUUCCGAGCGAAUGGAAUUCCAUACUCAACAAAUCCAAGUAAAUUGGUAGCAGCUGAGAUCAGCUCCGCUGCUACUUACGAACGUGGUAUUGGAGUUCAUGCCGUUAUGCCUGUAGACAUCAUUGAACCAGCUGACAAAAAGGAAAAAAUCGUUGGUUUUAACAACAAUGUGGCUGUUUUGGUUAAAGAGAAAACAAGAGCAAGCAUGGGAUCUGUUGAUGUUGCAAGUAAGCUUAAAUAUGAACCAGACAUGGGUGUUGACUUGACAAGAAAACAUGGAUAUGUGUUUAAUCUCAAAAACUAUCAAACGGAUAAAAAGCGAUUUGUUACUCUUGCCGGCUACAUUCUAGCUGAUGCCAUUACACGUACAGAAGUCGAAAGUGAAUGUAAAUGUGUCUUAGCCAAUGGACUUUUUGCUGAAACAAGAUGCAAAGCUAAACAACAAAGAUUAUUACCUCAAGUUUCUCAUGUAUAA